GAUGUGUUCACAGUCGUUAAAACUUUAGAGUGUACCCAGAAAAAAACAAUAAACGGGAAAACGUAAAUCUUUCGUUGUAAAAAGUAUAAAUCAUGGCAGAUUCAUAUUCGUGUGUUAAAGGAGGAAAGCUUAAACUGAAAGGGAGCAAGCACAAAAAGCACAAGAAGAGUAAGAAAAGGAAGCUGGAUGAUGGGGAGGAAGUUGCCUCGGGAUCUUCAACAGAUGAUAGGUCUGAUGUUGCUCAGCAUGGUGGUUGGUGGGUUGUAUCAAAGUUUGGUCAGAUCACUGGUAAUAUUUGUAUUGAACUGGAAGACCAAAGAUACAUGUUUGCUCAGGAUAAUGGCAGAUUUGUUCUAGGGCCACCAAGAGAAGCUGGUCCAGAGCCAGAAGAAAUUUUGACAGCAGUGAAAGUUGAUGAAACAAAAGUAGCAUUUAAGUCUGGUUAUGAUCAAUACAUAAGUGUGGGAACCAGUAACCUUGUCAUAGGAAGGUCAAUGGCAAUUGGAAGCAAAGAACAAUGGGAACCAGUAUUUCAAGAGGGUAAGAUGGCAUUAAAUGGUUGUAAUUCCUGUUUUUUAUCGUAUGAUGAGGAUGAGGACAUUGUUUGUGCUAGUAAAACAGCCGGAGAUAAGGAAAUGAUAAAAAUAAGAUCUAAUGUAGUACGAGAAACAGAUCCAAAAUUUUCAAUACCUGUAGAAGAAAGAGGCUCUUUAAAAGAUGCAGAAAUCAAUUAUGUAAAAAAGUUUCAAAGUUUUCAAGAUAGACAUUUAAAGAUUAGCAGUGAAGAUAAGUCAAACCUAAAGAAAGCUAGACGUGAUGGCACUUUACAUGAAAGCAUGCUUGACAGACGAGAAAAGAUGAAAGCAGACAGAUACUGUAAAUAACACCUGUAUGUUCCAACACCUUUGUGUACUGAAUAUUUCUGUCUAUUCGGUAGAAAUAUUUAAGAAGAUAUAUGGGCCUAUAUGGUUGCAAAUUGCCAGUAAAACAUACAUAAUCCAAUGUUUUACUAUUGUUAUUAAAGUAACACAAGACCAGACAGAUUAAAGCAUGUGAUGGAUCUUUGUAAAACAUACAUGUACACAGUAAAGAGUGAUGUAGAUGUAUAAAUAAGAGGAAGCGGAUAAUUGUUUUGAUGUUUCCAGAUCCAUCUUUUCUACAAGCUUGGAUGUGGCUUUUUUUAACUAAACAUAUUUUGUUAUCAUUAUAUGAUUAUUUAUAAAAAAAAUGAACUUUAAUGAUUAGCAGGUAGUAGACUAAAAUCAAUAAGUUAUUAUAGAAACAUAGUUAUUAUCGAAACAUAGUUAUUUUUUGUAAAAUUGUAAAAAAAUGAUUAUAUUGAUGCCAAUAAACUUAUCAAGAAAUAUUUUGAUAAACAAGAUGUACAAUGUAUUUGAAAAUGCUACAGAUUGUAUAUGAACUCCUAAGCAUUGUCGCAAUUUGUAUAAUUUUAAUGAAUUUCUUCAUUAAAAUAUGUAAAAAAUGUAUAAA